AUUGCGACGAUUAAUCAUUCGACCCAUAGAUUCCACCGUCAAAGCAAUUAGCUUGGAGAUCUAUACCAACAUGAAACUGUUCAUAGCGUGCAUCUUCAUUGCCGCCGCGACGGCUGCAGUGCUUCCCGUCGAACAAGCCAGGCACCGUCGUGACGUCUCCGAGAUCGUGAACGAGUAUAUCCCGCCGGCGGAGGAAGUUGGCGCCGCUGCCCCGCUCGGGGAGCUGGCCCAAGACUCCGCACCGGUGGGAGAGGAUGGAUACCGCUACAAGACCGUGCGUCGCCUCAAGCUGCGUCAUCGUCGCGAUGUUUCCGAGAUUGCCAACGAGUACCUGCCCCCCACUGAGGAAGUUGUUGCUGAUGCCCCCAUCGAGGAAGCCCCAGUUGAGGAAGCUUCUCAGGAUUCUGCCGUUCUUGCCGCUGAUGGAUAUCAGUACAAGACCGUGCGUCGUCUGAAGUACCGCCAGCGCCGUGAUGUUUCUGAGAUCGCCAAAGUACCUGAGAUCGCCAACGAGUACCUGCCUCCUUCUGAGGAAGUUGCCACCGAGGCCCCUGUCGAGGAUGCCCCCGUUGAGGAAGCUUCUCAGGACUCCGCUGUUCUUGCCGCCGAUGGAUACCAGUACAAGACCGUGCGUCGCCUGAAGUACCGCCAGCGCCGUGAUGUCUCUGAGAUCGCCAACGAGUACCUGCCCCCUUCUGAGGAAGUUGCUGCUGAUGCCCCUGUUGAGGAGGCUCCAGUUGAGGAAGCCAGCCAGGACUCUGCUGUUCUUGCUGCCGAUGGAUAUCAGUACAAGACCGUCCGCCGCCUGAAAUACCGUCAGCGCCGUGAUGUUUCUGAGAUCGCCAACGAGUACCUGCCUCCUUCUGAGGAAGUUGCCACCGAGGCCCCUGUCGAGGAUGCUCCCGUUGAGGAAGCCAGCCAGGACUCUGCCGUUCUUGCCGCUGAUGGAUACCAGUACAAGACCGUGCGUCGUCUGAAGUACCGCCAGCGCCGUGAUGUUUCUGAGAUCGCCAACGAGUACCUGCCUCCUUCUGAGGAAGUUGCCACCGAGGCCCCUGUCGAGGAUGCUCCCGUUGAGGAAGCCAGCCAGGACUCUGCUGUUCUUGCCGCCGAUGGAUACCAGUACAAGACUGUCCGCCGCCUGAAGUACCGCCAGCGCCGUGAUGUCUCUGAGAUCGCCAACGAGUACCUGCCCCCUUCUGAGGAGGUUGUCACCGAGGCUCCAGUCGAGGAUGCCCCCGUUGAGGAAGCCAGCCAAGACUCCGCUGUUCUUGCCGCCGAUGGAUACCAGUACAAGACUGUCCGCCGCCUGAAGUACCGCCAGCGCCGUGAUGUCUCUGAGAUCGCCAACGAGUACCUGCCCCCUUCUGAGGAAGUUGCUGCUGAUGCCCCUGUUGAGGAGGCUCCAGUUGAGGAAGCCAGCCAGGACUCUGCUGUUCUUGCCGCCGAUGGAUACCAGUACAAGACCGUGCGUCGCCUGAAGUACCGCCAGCGCCGUGAUGUCUCUGAGAUCGCCAACGAGUACCUGCCCCCUUCUGAGGAAGUUGUCACCGAGGCUCCAGUCGAGGAUGCCCCCGUUGAGGAAGCCAGCCAAGACUCCGCUGUUCUUGCCGCCGAUGGAUACCAGUACAAGACUGUCCGCCGCCUGAAGUACCGCCAGCGCCGUGAUGUGUCUGAGAUCGCCAACGAGUACCUGCCCCCUUCUGAGGAAGUUGCUGCUGAUGCCCCUGUUGAGGAGGCUCCAGUUGAGGAAGCCAGCCAGGACUCUGCUGUUCUUGCCGCCGAUGGAUACCAGUACAAGACCGUGCGUCGCCUGAAGUACCGCCAGCGCCGUGAUGUUUCUGAGAUCGCCAACGAGUACCUGCCCCCUUCUGAGGAAGUUGUCACCGAGGCUCCAGUCGAGGAUGCCCCCGUUGAGGAAGCCAGCCAAGACUCCGCUGUUCUUGCCGCCGAUGGAUACCAGUACAAGACUGUCCGCCGCCUGAAGUACCGCCAGCGCCGUGAUGUGUCUGAGAUCGCCAACGAGUACCUGCCCCCUUCUGAGGAAGUUGCUGCUGAUGCCCCUGUUGAGGAGGCUCCAGUUGAGGAAGCCAGCCAGGACUCUGCUGUUCUUGCCGCCGAUGGAUACCAGUACAAGACCGUGCGUCGCCUGAAGUACCGCCAGCGCCGUGAUGUCUCUGAGAUCGCCAACGAGUACCUGCCCCCUUCUGAGGAAGUUGUCACCGAGGCUCCAGUCGAGGAUGCCCCCGUUGAGGAAGCCAGCCAAGACUCCGCUGUUCUUGCCGCCGAUGGAUACCAGUACAAGACUGUCCGCCGCCUGAAGUACCGCCAGCGCCGUGAUGUUUCUGAGAUCGCCAACGAGUACCUGCCCCCUUCUGAGGAAGUUGCCACCGAGGCGCCUGUCGAGGAUGCUCCCGUUGAGGAAGCCAGCCAAGACUCCGCUGUUCUUGCCGCUGAUGGAUACCAGUACAAGACCGUGCGUCGCCUGAAGUACCGCCAGCGCCGUGAUGUCUCCGAGCUGGCCAGCGAGUAUCUGCCGCCCGCCGAGGAGGUGGUCGCUGAAGUGCCCGUCGAGGAAGUGGCCCAGGACUCCGCCGUCCUCGGCGACGAAGGCUACAAGUACAAGACUGUGCGCCGCCUGAAGCUGCGCCACCGCCGCGCCCUGUAA